AUGGACACAGUCAUGUCGAAUUCCACUCUCCUCACCACCCCCGAGACGUACAUGGGCAUCUACAACGAAUUGUCCAAGUACAAUGUCCACCUCAAUAUUUUUGAGCGCCUCUGGGCGAGUUGGUAUGCCUACAUGCAGAACGAUGUCCUGGCAACCGGAAUCAUGAGCUUCGCCAUGCACGAGAUUGUCUACUUCGGCCGCAGUCUCCCCUGGAUCAUCAUCGAUCGCAUCCCAUACUUCAACAAAUACAAGAUUCAGGCGCAAAAGAUCCCAACUGCCGAGGAGCAGUGGGCCUGCGCCAAAGUCGUCCUCCUCAGCCAUUUCACCGUCGAAUUACCUCAGAUCUGGCUGUUCCAUCCCAUGGCGAAAAGCCUGGGCAUGGAGACCGGCGUGCCUUUCCCAGCCUGGACCACCAUGGCCAUCCAAAUCGCCGUCUUCUUCGUCUUGGAGGAUGCAUGGCAUUACUGGAUGCACCGCGCAAUGCACUGGGGCCCCCUCUACCGGUCUAUCCAUAAGAUCCACCACCAAUACUCAGCACCAUUUGGACUUGCCGCCGAGUAUGCCUCUCCAAUCGAAGUCAUGAUUCUCGGCGCCGGGACCGUCGGGGCUCCGAUCCUCUGGGUCAUGAUCACGGGCAACCUUCAUAUUUUGACCAUGUAUCUCUGGAUCGUCUGCCGUCUAGCCCAGGCUAUCGAUGCCCAUAGCGGAUACGAGUUUCCUUGGAGCUUGCACCACUUCCUCCCGUUCUGGGCUGGUGCCGACCAUCACGACACGCAUCAUGAGAAGUUCAUCGGCAACUACGCAAGCAGUUUCAGAUGGUGGGAUUUCGUCUUGGAUACCGAGUCUGGCGCUGACGCGGCUCAGAAGAGACGUGAGCGCAAGGACGCGAAGGCUGGCAAGAAGGUCCAGUAA